ACAAAACAACCAGUGAUUGUCUGACAGCGGCAGGCGGUAGCUAUCAAGUUUAAUAUAACUACAUAAAGUUAGAAUUACGAAUGUGCUCACAACAUUGACACUAACAUAAUCAUUGAGUUGGACUAUUUCGUUUCUUGUGUUAUGAAUAGUGUAAAAUUUUAGACCAUCAGCAGAGUUGUUGUGUAUCGUCCUUAGUGAGAAUUUAAGGGAAUAAUUCAAACACUAUGUUCACGAAGUGAUUUAUUCGGUUCGAUACUAUUUAGCAGAUCGUUAGUGCCGUAAGUGAUAUCUACUAGCAGGAUUCUAACUGAAAUGUAGAAUAUUCAUUCUCAUACUAGUGAAGAAUCGUAUUACUACAAAAUUAUUUUCGAUUUUAGUUGUUAAGUGUAAAGUAUACUACUGUGGUUAAAUUUUCAAUCAGUUUUGGAGAUGCGCUAAUGGAAUACAAUUCUUGGUGUAUUGUCCUGUUCAAUGGACACAUUGUGCUAUCGUAUAUUUUGUUUGAAUCAUAAUGUCGGGAAGUCAUAUGAAUAACGAUCAAGAGCAUAAAUCGCCAAGGGAAAGUGGCGAGGAUUCGGAGGACGAAAGCGAAAUUUUGGAGGAAAGUCCUUGUGGAAGAUGGCUCAAAAGGAGAGAAGAGGUGGAACAGAGAGAUGUGCCCGGCAUCGAUUGCGCCUAUCUGGCGAUGGACACCGAGGAGGGAGUCGAGGUGGUAUGGAACGAAGUCCAGUUUUCGGAACGUAAGAAUUUCAAGAACCAGGAGGAGAAGAUCCAGCUGAUCUUCGAGAAUCUCACCCAGUUGGAACACCCGAACAUCGUCAAGUUCCACAGAUACUGGACGGACACACACAACGACAAACCGAGGGUCAUCUUCAUAACGGAAUACAUGUCUUCUGGUUCCCUGAAGCAGUUCCUGAAGAGGACCAAGCGUAACGUGAAGAGACUGCCCCUGCAGGCCUGGAAGAGGUGGUGCACCCAGAUCCUCUCAGCGCUAAGUUACUUGCAUUCCUGUUCGCCACCAAUCAUCCACGGCAAUCUCACCUGUGAUACGAUAUUUAUACAGCACAACGGCCUCGUCAAAAUCGGAUCAGUGGCUCCUGAUUCCAUCAAUCAUCAUGUUAAAACAUGCCAGGAUAAUUUUAAAAAUAUGCAUUUCAUCGCUCCAGAGCAUCCUAGUAACAUGGGACCUCCUAUGGACAUCUACUCCUUCGGUAUGUGUGCCUUGGAAAUGGCCGCUUUGGAAAUCUUCGGCAAUGGAGAUUCCGGCAACAAGGUGACGGAGGAGAACAUCAAGAAGACGAUAGAGUCGUUGGAAGACGAGCAACAGAAGGAUUUCAUCCAGAAGUGCUUGCAGACGAACCCAGAGGACAGGCCUACGGCCAAGGACCUGCUGUUCCACUCUCUGCUCUUCGAGGUGCAUACACUUAAGCUGCUAGCCGCUCAUUGUUUGGUUAGAAAGUCUGCCAACAUCUCCGAAACCAUAACGGAUGAGCUGAUGCAGCGGUGGUAUGGACCGGACGUGAUAGUUGCGGAGGUGAACAGGACCGGACAGGCCCCGAUUCAGAUGAAGAUGGCCGACGUGCAGAACACGGAAAAGUUGGAAAAGUUCGUCGAAGACGUCAAGAACGGUAUCUACCCGUUGACAGCCUUCGGUGCAAAACUGCCACCCCCACCAAGAUCCAGAGCCAUCUCACCGGAAAUGGCGGAAUCUGUCAAAUCUGUGACCCCGGAACCCGUAGACAUAGAAAAUAGGAAGAUUAUUAAUAUGAUGUGCGAUGUUAAGUCCAAAGAAGAAACCUGUGAUUUAGUUUUGACAAUUGUGCUAAGAAUGGAUGAUAAGAUGAAUAGGCAAUUAACGAGUUGUAUAUCCCCUUCGGACAAUCCGAAAGAACUGGCUCAGGAACUCGUCCAUUAUGGAUUCAUAAACGAGGUUGACCGUGACAAGAUAGCCAGCCUGAUCGAGGAAUCCAUGCAGACCCAGUGCCCGGCCUCCCUCCACACCACCAGCCCCCUCCACAACAACAACACGAUGAGCUACCAGUCCAUGGCGGCUCCGACCGCCCUAGACAUGCCGGCGACCAACGGCGUCGCGCCCCAGAACCUGGCCACGCCCCCCAUAGGCCUAGUCAACUCCAUGGCCUCCUCAGCGGCUUCGACGCAAGUGCCCAUGCAUACCACUAGUUAGUAGAUGGGGAUCACCGCAACAUUUUUAGACUAGCCGUUCCUACUUCGCGUUGGAAGGUAGAAGAGGCAACGUUAAAAAAAAUAAAAAAUUACGAGAAAUAGUUCACAGAGACAGUGUUCCCCCCCUCUCUCUCUAUCUCGAAUUUAGACUGCUGUACACACGAUGCUCUAAACGAGGUUGGAGUAGGCGCUUAGAUCGGCAGGUUUAUUGGGAUUUUUCCUUGAAUAAACAAAUGUAUAAAUUGAUUUUUCGAAGAAAUCGGUGGAUAGGUGCUGAUCGGAAUCCUUCGAUUCGCAACAGGGCAUUGAGUAGGACGCUUAAUUUGCAAUAUUUGACUUUUUCAUUUCGAUUGCGUUCCUUCUUUUUACUCCCUUUUAUUUUUUCUAUCGAUUGGAACUUCUCCCGUUUAACCUUUCUUUUGAAUUUAGUGUGAUAUGGCCAACAACGAAAUUAUCCGUCGAAAUUCAAUGAUUCCUGCCUCGUUCGAACCCAGGUGCUCGACAAACGAUAACUCCAAUCUCACAACCCUAGCUAGCUGUCAAAAAUGACAUUUCUCUUCUUCUUCUUCUUGGAGAAUUUCGCCACGCCCACCAGAGGGAGGAGCGAGGUUCUCUUUAGUAGUUAGGUCGUUGUUGUUAUCCGUUGAAGUUUCGCACUCAAAACUUUCCACUCCCCCCGAUCUUGCCUUCGCAUCCAUGGCUCCUCCCAUGGGUUUGCAUCGAAGUCAAGUGUGUGUGUAAGCCUAAGAGGAUUCAAAUGUUCCAAUCGGCGCUUUACCUGGAUAAAACGCACGGUUGGACUCGCCUUUUUUUCAUCGUUACAGCGAUGGGAGCAGUCGAAGUUUUGAGUCGGAACGGAGUCGGCCAUUUUCGUCUAGAGCGCCAUCUAAACGCGGAGUCGUUUCCGGUCGAGACGAAAAUUCACGUAGUAGGCCGUUGGAAGACUGUAAAACAAAAAAAACUUUGGACAAUUUUGCUAGUCAUGUGAACAUGUAUGUAUUCUGUGAUCGGAGCUCCAAUGGACUGUUUUUAAUUUUGAAUAAUGAUAGUUUUGUAGGUUUCAUACACUAUAUAUAUAUGUGAUCUGUUUCCCUGUAUAUUAUAAUUUUAUCAACCCCCCCCCCCCCCCCGAGAAAAUCACAUAGCUCCCUUGUUAUAUUGUACCGACUGAAAUCGUCUCCGAGGAAUAGUUCCCCUUUUGAAAAAAAUUUCGUCGUUUGCUGCGUUUUGCGUUCCUAAGUAUUUUUUUUUUUUUUUUUUAACGAUAUCCGAGCAUCAUGAUUUUUCACCAUGAGAUUUUCCUCCGAGGAGAUUUCGUGGCUUAUAUGCUUCUUUUAUGUUAAAUACUCGUGCUGCAAAUGUUUUCUUGUUUGCCCUUGAGACUGAUGUAUUUAUAUAUAUAUAUAGGCAUAUUUUUAGUGAUAGUCAAAAGUGAAACCAGGGCAGGACCAAUUCUAAACAGUUGUGUGGUUAGAACCGUUGGUCGAGUAGAAAAAAAGGGCACGUCUCAACAAUCGAAUUAAUUUUACCCCGAAAUGGCGUCUUGUGUUUUUUUUUUUUUUUUUAAAUUAAUUCCUUCUGAUGGUAAGGAAAACUUGCGAAAACUGUAACAUGAACGAUGCUUUCGAACCGAUGAAGGUGUUAUUAAUUUUUGGUUGAGACGUGCCGAGUUGUGGAGAGAAGGUGUUUUGUAAAUAAUGAAGGAAAGUUGUAGAUAAAUAUUAGUUUUUUUUAUUGGAAAAAAGAGGAUGCACCAUAAGAGUUAUAAUUUAUUGUACCACUAGAGUGUGAGAGAGCUCUGUCGGAAGUUCCGUGUGACGAUUCGCUCAAUGAGUCUAGAGACGGCUUGAUCCGGUUGCAGGAGUCUCGAAAUGUGAUCGAUUGUUCGAAGGCAUCUUCGGGACUGCUGCAACGCUUGCUACAUUAUCCUUCAGAAUACAGUAUAAAUGUAUGUAGUCUUUAUUUUGGGACGGUUUCACAUCUAUUACCACAUAUUGCAAGGCUUCUUUCGAAAUACAAUGUAUUGUUCUUCCUGAAAUGAACCAAGCAUGCAGAUUCACCGUUAGCGGCCAAUCUUCCAUUCCAAAGUUGAUUAACAAACAAAAAAAUAAAAAGAGUUUUACAGCAUAAAUUUCUCGUACUUCUGCAUGGUUGUUCAAAUUAAUUUUUGCUCAUAUUGAGCAGUCGGUUAUCCUCAACAACAACAACAAGAAAAAAAAAGUUGCAUUUAUAGCUUGGCUCUGAAAUCGAUUUGCUAUGUUGGGAAUAUUAAGUAUUUGAAACCUGAGCAGACGGACCGCUGAAACACAUUCGAGAAUGUUUGACAGGUUCGAAAAAUGCAUUAGAUUGUUGAAUAUUUUAUUUAUUAAGAUCUAAAAUGACUCAUAAGCUAAGGGGGUAAAUUUUAUUUUACAUUAUCAUCAUCUUGAAAUUACCCCGUAAGUUAAUUAAUUGUAUUAUAUUAUAGUAAUAUAUCACAGGCUGUUUAACUGUAUACCCAAUUUGAAUUAAAUUGAUUGAAAAUUA